GGAGAGUGUUGGCGGUCUAGGCCAACUUUUUAGUUCCUCCAGCACCCAUGGCUCUUUGUGUCCUCCAGCUAAUAGCAACUCUCUUCCCUCCUGUUCCCACUCCACAUGUCAUGCUAUGCUGCCAACCAUGUCAGGGUUGCCGGAAUCACAUCGCGUGCAGUUUCUGAGGCCGAAUCUAACGUGCAAUUUGGUGUUAGGCGCGUCAUCAUCAGUCUCGAGGAAGGAUGCAUCUGUUAGUGUGCUCAAUGGCGAACAGGGCAGGCUCGCCUGCAGAGCAGAUACGGGUGAGGGGGAUCGUUCACUACCCCCACAGGGUCACAGACAAACAAUGCAUACAGCACCAUAUCCAACACCCCAGGUGCAUUUGCAGUCGGCUAACACCCCAGACACCUUGAACAGCUCAGCAGCAGGCUUGCAAGAAUGUGCAGCGUUUAGACAUAUAGGCAGCUCAACGUUUCCUGCAUCAAGUGCCCUACACAAAUCAAAUCUGGGAAGGAGAGAGGAGGAAUCUGGUCAACAACGGCCACUGGUGCUGAGGUUCGACCCUUUUGCAGGCGAGAAUGGGAUGUUCUACCGCAUUCGACAAGAAGGGGAAGAAGGAGAGGAAAGAGGAGGAGGAGGAGGAGGAGGAGGAGGAGACAAAGAAGGAGAACGGAGAGGAAGGGAAGGAGUACAACUAGUAGGUGGUGGCAACGGAGAUGCUGAGAAAGAUCAAGCAGAGGUGUCAGUAUUACAUGAUACUACAUGUCCGGACAACAUGAAGAAGAUGGGUAAUGCGGUGGUCAACGGUGGUCAUCGAGGAGGUGGCCGUCAUGGUUGCCAUGCGGUUGAUGGGAGUGGCGGUUUCUGGACCAGCCCCAUCAAUCCCCACUCACAUGAGAAUCUCCAUGAUGAUGGUGGUAAGUUUGGCAAAAAAGAUUUUGCUGCCACCAUCACCAACAGUAACAUCAGCACUGCUACAACUACUAACCCGCGUCCGGUUCCUGAAGCUUGUCACCCCAUCCUUGUCACAGCAGGCGCAAACGGAAGAAACACAGAUCCAGAAAGAACGCGUGGCGGGUCUCUUGGCAUCAAUGGUUUCUCUGCCAAUCACGCGUCAACAUAUCCUGUGGUGAUGAAUGGCGAUAACGAGGGGAAGAGGUGGAGGGAGAACAAUGAGGGGAAAGGACUCGGGAAGACUUUUCGUGGACGUGGAGUGGCUGCUCUUGGAGCGAAGCCAGAGGAGGUCCCUGGGUGCAAAGAUGAAGAGCGCUUGGGCAACAGCGGUGACAAUGGCAAGCUUUUGCAAUUUGCUGCAUGUGUUGAAAAUAGUCAGUAUAACAAUGCCUGUGAAACUCUUUCUCUGCUGAAGAUGGACGGAUCAAGAAAAAAUGACUCAGACGACAGUGAGAAUAACAUUUCCAGACGUAUUCGUAAAUUAGUUGCAGAUUUGAAAGACGUUGAUAACAUGAUGGUUCGCAUGGAGAACAAGAGUGGAGAUCGAAAAGGAAAAGAAACAGAAUUUGUGAUCAGGGAUCGUCAUUCUGAAGCACUCCCAGUUCCCUGCAGUGUGAGCAAUGGCAAGGUUGAUCUUCCGAAUGGGAAUGUUGCCCCGGUCCUUGGCUCGCUGAGUAUGGAUGAGUGCGGCCAGCCGGAGGGAUUACCGCAACAGCUUGGCAAAAACUGCCACAGCUGCCGGUGCAUGCAAACUAAUGUGCCUGAGCAGAGGCAUCCAAGAAUAUUUCAGGCAGAGGAUGGUUGUCGCGGUACCAGCAAUGCGAUAAUCGGCAGCAUCCAGCAGGUUGACGCAGAUAGCAGAGUCAUGGAUGAAGACGAGGGUUGGGAUGAUAUCAGGGGCGCACACAGACGAAGCGGUGUUGCCACGACCAAGAAAAGGACAAGGCGAACAUGGUGGGACAAAGGGAUCACAAGGGGGAGGGUGGAGGGAUCAAUGGAAGAGGUGGUGAGGAUGAUCGGAGAGGUAGUGGGGACUGGGAACGCUGCAGACUUUGAGUGGGACAGAGAGCAAGGCAGGGAUUCCGCUGCUCCUCGAAAGAUAACAGUUAAUAUGGGGCCAACCCACAAAGUGAUGAAAAUAUGUCCAGGAACAAAGAAGGAGGCAGCUGCACUUGCAGUGGGUAGAAAAGAGGGAAGAAUGACAGCAAAUAGAAAACAGCAGGAGAGAGGCAAGUAUGCACAUUUGGAUGAAAGCUUUGCUGGGUUUGUGCGACAGGUGCACGCCCACAAGAGAAAGGAAAUCCAUGAAGAGAGAGCAAAACAGAUAGUCAGGACAACGGUUGGCCCCUCUCUUCAGGGAAACCCUUAUGAUCUUUCGCUCCUCGAUCUUGUGGAUGAGCUUGAGGAGUUGGAGCAGAAACAUGGAAAUCGUAGAAGGCACUCAGGGCUGAGAUGACGGGAUGUGGCGUUGUGGUUCCCGCUCCUCAGUGAUGGCAAAGGGCCAAGCUGCAGAGGCUUGACAAAUGGCCAAGCUGCCGAGGCUGCACGCACGUCCUGAUUGAAUGAAGCCCGGCGGGAAAG